CCUCAAAUGAGACAAGGCGCAUUGCUUCUUCAACCUGCUACAGGUGGCAGCCAUGCGAUGCGGCUUCUCUACGAUCGUUAGUUCAAAAAUAGCCCUGCCCUACUUAUAGAUAGAGAUAGUCUGUUGUCCACCCGUUUGCGGUCUUAUCUUAUUGCAAAGUCGUGGGGGUGAGCACAAUCCCCGUAGAGUAGAAGCGUUCCUUGGCGAAACCCCCUGCGGCAUGACCCUCCCCCGCCCCCGAAGCGCCACGGGUGGCGGCCCGCUAGAUCUGCCGGCAGUCAGUCAGCAGCCGCUGGGACAGCCGUGCUGUUGAGGGCUCGCUCGCCGCUUCUUCGCACAACCUAGCGCGCUGUGUCUAAUCGAUGAUGGCGGACCCUAACCUGACGAUCAGUCUUCCUGACAACGCGACGUGGGAGCUGGACUCGUUCGUGACGUCAAACGUCACUCAGAGCACGCCGCCAGGUAUACCAGAACCGGCAGAGGCCGUUGUGAAGCCGCUCCAGCUCGGGGUGGAGGCAUGGGUGGUGCCGCUUGUCUUCUCCAUCAUCACGCUGGUGGGCGUGACCGGAAAUGGCCUGGUCAUCUACGUCAUCGCCAGGUACGGCCAGAUGAAGACCGUGACGAAUUACUACCUGCUGAACCUGGCCGUGGUGGACCUGUCCUUCCUCCUGUGCUGCGUGCCCUUCACCGCCAUCAUCUUCGCCACCAACGACUGGAUGUUCGGCAGCUUCAUGUGCAAGUUCGUCUUUUAUUUCAUGCAGGUCACGUUCACGGCCACGGGGCUGACCUUGGCAGCCCUUAGCCUUGACCGUUACUACGCCAUCAUCCACCCCAUCGGCUCCAUGUACUACCGGACCCCCCGCACGGCUUUCCUGGUCAACGCCGUGGUAUGGGCAGCGGCGUUUGUGCUGGCCUCUCCCGUGGCGGUGGCCUAUCAGCAGUGGGAGGGCAACUUCCAAGGACCCCGCACCUACUGCACUGAUGUGAGGAACAUUAGGAUUUGUCUUUCUGAAUUGCAUGGCUAUUUUCGUCUUCUUCAGCAUUGGUCUAACCAGAACUGGCGCAAGGCGUACUGGGUAAUCAUGGUGGUGCUGUGUUUCGUCAUCCCCCUGGCCGUGUGCACCUUCACCAGUGCGCAUGUCUUCCACCGGCUCUGGAAGAAAUCCGCCUCCCAGCCGCUCGUGACGUCCAACCAGCAUAGGGCACUGAUGCGCAAACGCAAGGUGUGCCGCAUGGUGGUUGCCGUCGUGGUGAUCUUCACCAUCUGCUGGGCGCCCAACCACAUCAUCAACCUGUGGGUCCUGCUGGACGACGACUUCCCGGAGACAUGGGUCAUGUUCGGGGUCAAGGUGGCUGCGCUGUGCCUGAGCUACGCCAACUCCUCCAUCAACCCGAUCAUCUACGCCUUUAUGGGGGAGAACUUCCGCAAGAGGUUCAAGAAGGCCUUCCCCAAGGUGUUCCAUGCCAACAGGGUCAUGCCGCUGGCCCUGUCUGCUCGUCAAGUCAUGCCGGUCCUCCAGGGCGGAGCCAAUGGCGACAGGCUCCUCAAUCCUCCCGAGGGCUGCGCUGUGAUUGGUGGAGCCGAGCCGGGGUCAUCUAAGGACGACGACCACGCGGACAUCAAGGGGACCAGGUCUGACCGGGUGGAGGUCAUCAGCACCGAACCGCUGAAUCGUCAGGCUGGCGCGAUGUAAAAUCACGUGAUGAAGACGUGAUCAAAUCGUGAAAGACAGGUGGCCAGUAUAGACAGGAUUCUUAAUAAUGCAUUGAUACUUAUCUUAAGAUAAAUUUUCUAACCCUAAAUGGGAAAUAUUGAUAAACAUUCAAUUUGAUAAAUACAGUCAGUAGCAAUGGGAUAUAGUGAAUCUGUCUAUAGACUAGUGAUCGCACAAGGGGCUUGAGGAACAUGGACUAUAGACAUAAGUCUGAAUGAAGACAAUGCGAUUAUCAUAUCGACAUAUCCAAGAGACUACCAAAAAGUGGUCACUGAUACAAGAUUAGUAGGCUAGUAUUGACCAAUUGAUAAUAUUUCGUAGUGUUUGAAGCUGAACAAGCGGCCUUUUUAACCUUGACAGAGGUAUCCGGGUUUCGACAGAAAACAUAUUAAGCUGAAUAUGAUAUUUUCAUAAAGGUAGAUAUAGCUCUGUCUACAACAUCAUACCGACUGCCAAGCACCUUUGACCCUUUGCUGACAUCACACUACCGUUCCGGAUAUGUGACUUAGGCUCUGUGAGAAGGAUCAGAGGACUGAUCGAAAGCUUGUUGGUAAGCGCUUUAUUUUGUGCACGGAUAUAUGGUCCUAAAAUUGUAACAUAACAUCUUUUUAACAUGCUACUGUUCAGUAGAACACACCAAGCUUUCUUUAUAAAUACAUACUUAGUCUGUUAUGUGCUUAGAUAUCAGUAAGAAAACAGAUUACAUGUUAUGCUUGAAAGGAAAGAUAUCAACAAUGUAUUUUUGAUCUUGACGCGAUUGUAAAUAGCUGUUAAGAUAUCGGUAUUUCAAUUUUUUGUGUUUGAAUAUCUAAUGAUUAACUUGAAUAUGUCAGUGAGUAACAGACUGUAUUGAGAAUUUUAUCUCGUGCUACAAUGUAAGAAAC